CUUCCGGGUCGCGGUGCUUGCAGGGAGAGCUCCGCGGGUAUCGUCGUUUCCGUUGCCGGCUGUUUGCAGUUCGGGGAAACCGAGGCAGCUCCUGCUUUCCCCCUAGUUCUUCCGCUCCUGAAAAAAAAAUGUUUAUUUCUUUGUGGGAGUUCUUCUAUGGGCACUUUUUUCGAUUUUGGAUGAAAUGGCUAUUACGGCAGAUGACCGGAAAGUGUGAAUUGCAGCGAAUUUUUGAUACCUAUGUGGGUGCACAAAGGACACACAGGAUAGAAAAUUCCUUGACAUACUCCAAGAAUAAGGUUUUACAGAAGGCGACACGGGCGGUUCAGAGUGAAGUGGACAAAUGUGUAGAAGAUAUUAUGAGGGAAAAGAAUAUUAGCCCUGAGAAGGAUGCCAGUUUCAAAAUCUGCAUGAAGACAUGCUUACUGCAGAUAACUGGUUAUAAACAGCUCUAUUUGGAUGUGGAAAGUGUGAGGAAAAAGCCGUAUGAUUCUGACAACCUGCAGCAUGAAGAACUCCUCCUGAAGCUUUGGAAUCUUCUAAUGCCCACCCAAAAGUUGAAGGCUAGAAUCUCCAAGCAGUGGGCUGAAAUUGGUUUCCAGGGUGAGGAUCCCAAAACAGACUUCAGAGGAAUGGGCAUACUUGGAUUAAUCAAUCUUGUGUAUUUCAGUGAAAAUUACACCAGUGAAGCUCAUCAGAUUCUUUCUCGUUCAAAUCAUCCAAAAUUAGGGUAUUCUUAUGCAAUAGUUGGAAUCAAUCUUACAGAGAUGGCUUAUAGCUUACUUAAGAGUGAAGCCUUGAAGUUUCAUCUCUACAACUUUGUUCCUGGAAUUCCAACAAUGGAACAUUUUCAUCAGUUUUAUUGUUAUCUUGUCUAUGAAUUUGACAAGUUUUGGUUUGAAGAAGAACCAGAAAGCAUUAUGUUUUUCAACUUGUAUAGAGAGAAGUUUCAUGAAAAGAUUAAAGGACUUUUACUGGAUUGUAAUGUAGCACUUACUUUAAAAAUAUAAAUCACCCAUUCUAUCUUCUAUUUCUACUACAUUUUGCACAUUCAACAGAAUUUAUAUGUUGUAAUAGAAAUUAUCUGAUCACUUACACUCUUAUAUAUAAUUUCCUACAAAAAUAUUUCAGAAAUUCUAUUUAAGAGAGCUAGUGGACAAUCAGUGUAUGUUUACAGUCAUUUAUACACUGUUCUCCAAAGGUACCUUAUCCUUCCAAAGACCCCUCUGUAGAGUUCUGUGAACUACAGUUUGGAACUUGGGACUUAGCCCAUUAGUGUAAAAGUAUAAAUCAGGUAUUUGUAUUAAAUUGGUGAUUAAAAUGUGUAAAAU